AUGUUGUCUCCAGUCCGCAACACUCAAUCACCACCCCAACACAAGAACCCCUGGCAAAAUGAAGCCUGCAUCACAAAUUGUCCAGAUGCCUUCUCGACCAACGCCAACACCAGGCCCCACUCCAGGCAGCAUGGGUCGAGGAGUCGAGGCCGUAAUACACCACGUCAGGAGGAUGACAGGCGACCAGCAGACAACGACAACAGCAUUAAUGUACCCAUGUACACAGCCAAUGAAGUGAAUCGUUUUCUAGCAGAGGUGUCGGUUCCGUCGUUAUACCAGGGCAAGACUCCCGGGCAAAUUGUAUCGAAUGUUGCUUCCAGGAUGACAAGCUUGGACAAACUGCAACCAAGCGGUUCCAACUUUGCCAACUGGGAAUUGAUGAGGCGCAGAAGGGCUCUGGAGAUUUUUGGUGUACCAAUGUGCAAUAUGCAUCAAAGCAUACUACGCCAGUCAAACUGUCAUCAAAUGUUCCAGUACCUCAACUCUUGGUUUUUCACAGUCACCCGGGCAGAGCAAAUGACGUGUUGGGACCGAUUGAUCAAUUUCAAGAUGAGCAACUACUCGAACAGUGCCAAGGCGGUGUCCAAGCUCUUUGAGAUACUGGACAACUCUAGUAGCUUUUGGAUUGAACUCAACCACAAAACGGUUGGCGGGAUGGCUCUUCAAAGCUUUUUGGAGGCGGGAUUGGAAUGGCGUCAAGAGACGCUUUUGAAGAAGGCCGUAACACCCAAUCAGAUCUUGAAGCACACAGACAUUGUCAAACGUCAAAUCAACCUUGGUUCUUCAAAGUCUUCCUUCUUGGCAAUGGUACCUCAGGCUCAUCAGGCAUCAACAAUGGAUCAAUCAGAUCUUGCAAAAGAAUACUAUGAUCCAUCAUCCUGGACCAAGCCUAAUCAGGUACAAGGCUUAGAUACCUACGGCUUGCAGUGCUGGAACUGCCGCUCUACAGACCACCUGCUAAGCAAAUGCAAGCUUCCUCUCCAUCGAGACUUUGAUUGGCCUCCGCCCCCGACCGGACAACCUUGUCGCCAAUGGCAAGCAAGCCCACUGGUCCGCGCAAACAAUCAGCCUGUUAUCGCGUCUGGCAACUUCCAGGCGUGGUAUCCAAUCAUGACUCCGCCAGGGUACACCAACCGGGGGUACCAACCACAAGCAGCGGUGGGCCGCUACGCUACACUACGCUACGGGCCCAUGUAG